AUGAGGGGACAGAAAGAUUAUGACCACCAGCUAGGUCAAGUGAUGUUAUUAGGAAAGUCACCAAUGGACCCAUUCCCCCGGAUAGAAAUAUGUGAAUCAGAUGGAGGACGCGUAGCCACCCCGCAUGACGACCCUCUCGUUGUCGAGAUCAAGAUCUCCAACAUGAGGGUAAAGCGCAUAUUGAUAGAUACAGGGAGUUCAUAUGAUAUAAUGAGCAUGGAGUGUCUAAGCCAUCUUGCACAUGACCCUAAGACAAUUGAAAGCAUCCACUACCCUAUCAUUGGCUUUGGAGGAAGCAUCAUACACCCUGUGGGCGUCAUUACCUUUCCAGUACGAAUAGGAGGACGUAAUGAUGGAAGAAAGAUGGGUGUGGAAUUCCUAAUCGUCAAGGACUUGACUGCAUACAAUGUCAUCUUGGGACGUCCCACGCUGAGCAAGAUCAAAGUAGUGGUCGUCACCCAUCUCAUGCUCCUGAAGAAUGUAUGUGACGACGGAGCGAUAGGAAUUAUACAUGGAGAUCAACAGCAAGCACAGGACUGCUAUCUCACCACUCUUAACCCGUAA